CACUCAGGUAGUGUAAAAUAUAAAAAAAGACUAUGCAUUAAAUAAUUCAUUUGCAAAUUUUCCAUCAAUUGUUCUUAACAUUCUUCAUGUUUCCUCCAAUUCUCAAUUUUGUUUAUGUUUCCGCUUUUCUUUAGUUCAAUCUCCUCAACCUUCUUUUGACUGAUAUUAAAUGCUACUUGAUUAGCAUGCAUCAUACUCCUCCUCCUCCUUCUACUACUACUACUACUACUACUACUACUACCACUACUACUACUACUACUACUACUACUACCACUACUACUACUACUACUACUACUACCACUACUACUACUACUACUACUACUACUACUACUACUACUACUACUACUACUACUACUACUACUACUACUACUACUACUACUACUACUACUACUACUACUACUACUACUACUACUACUACUACUACUACUACUACUACUACUACUACUACUACUACUACUACUACUACUACUACUACUACUACUACUACUACUACUACUACUACUACUACUACUACUACUACUACUACUACUACUACUACUACUACUACUACUACUACUACUACAACUAACACUACUACUACUACUACUACUACUACUACUACUACAACUAACACUACUACUACUACUACUACUACUACUACUACUACUACUACAACUAACACUACUACUACUACUACUACUACUACUACUACUACUACUACUACUACUACUACUACUACUACUACUACUACUACUACUACUACUACUACUACUACUACCAAGAAUGAUAAUAAUAUCAACUAA